AAGACCGCAUCACUCCGUCGAAUCUGCGUUUUCCCUGAUACGUUCAUGGCGAUACAACUACGUUCGCAUUAUCUAUCGCUUCCUGCGAGUCUUAUCUCAUCGACAUUACUCUAGUUGCUUUGAGCCUCGUCACUUUCUCCGUCAUGUGGGAGUCUGCAACCAUGGGAGAUGUGAACCCUGAAGAUCGUCAGAUCGUUGAAAGGCUGGCCAAGUUGCAACAGAUGUACAAUCAGAUUGGUGGCCUGCGUACACUGCUGCCCGAGAAGCUAAUUAAUCCGACGCGCUUCGCUUUGGAGGAUCCUUCUGGGUUUGAACCCGAGAAACUAGCCUCUUCUCUAAGAACGGCUGCACAGACUGGAAGCAGCGAUAUCCAGAAGUUCAAAAAAGACUGGCACAGUGAAGACGUCCGACAGCUGUGGAGCGCUGUCAAUGGAGCAGAGCAAUUCCAAGGCGAUGAUGCUUGGGUGGUGGAUUAUUCUACCUUGCUCCAAGAUGCUAAUCUCAUUGCUGGAACGAUCGACCUCGUCAACGGAGACACUCAUCCAGAACCGGAGCCGGCUCAGGAGAACAUUUUAGAAAUUGUCAGCAAUUUCAAGACCAACAAUCCUGAUCUCAAAGUCGACAUCGUCAACGAAGCCACCGGUUUACCGGUCAACGUCAGCAUCACUCAUCUUGCUUUUCAAGUUGCCCAACUGAGUGACGGGGGUGGCUACAAGGUGUCUGGCAAGCCAGAUACCGAAGCACCUGCCCUUCGCAGUAGCAUUUUGGAGAACUUGAAGCCGAGCACGAAUCUCAGUGAGCUUCUGGAUACAUUGGCCGCCUACAAAGAUAUCACCACAAAAUCGUGCGACAUCUGCAACAAGCUGAUGAAUCAGAAACGUCAACUUCCCCUCGUCAGAAAGGCGACAGAGCCACAACCUGACCAACCGACCAAAUUCCAAGCACUACAUCGAGAUUGUUUAUAGUAGAGUGAGGUGUCUCGAAGGAGAUUUGGCGAAUGCUGCCUGCCCAGGACUUGUGUCUGUCAGUCCUCACAUUCGAUUACGUCUGGUGAGACUUCUCGCUUCCAAGGAGUGAACGAACGACGUGAACAAACGACUAAUGAAAUGUCCGAAAGUGACCCGGACACCUUGUACAACAAACUUUUACUGGCUUUGACUACAAUCACAACUGCAUGCAUUGUCCCACAAGGGACUGCAUCGAAUUGGGUCGAGGGUCAGACGAAUGACAGUGGAUGCGGUCUAGGGAAUAGCACGGACUUUGUCACACAUGCCCAUCUCGGCUUGGCAGUGUUGUGCUGCGAUGUAUGACAUUUGUCUCUGGGACGUAGCGGACACAUCGCCCCGAGAUCAGAACCAGAAAAGCAAGGCGUUGUUGAAGCGACAAUUGACGCAUGAGUCGAGCUAUGAUCAUAGAUCAUUCGACCAAAGAAGACUAGGUAUUUGGGUUCAAGGAUUUACGACUACUAUUAUCCGCCGCCAUAUCGGGAGAAGACUCCUUGGACGUUGGUCGAUCCUGUACCUACUACAUUUGCCAAUCCUCCCAAGGCCCUGGGAUGUACACGAUUAUUUCCUCCGCACAAAACGAUGUCGAGGAUAUCUGCUAAGACUUACGACCUCAUGACACUCGGAGCUAGUCUACCAAUUCACGACUAGGAGAUGACGCAUGAAUGAAAGUGCAGAUGAAACGAGCAUUGAUUCGACGUUAAUAUGAGGUGGCUGAGUUGCUUCUGAUGGCGUCACUUACUUUGACCUUCUCUACAAUCUUCCAUUUUGACACAACGAGAAGACGAGCCUUGCACGCAGCGAAAAGAUCCAUCCUCCUAUACCUAAGAGUCGCUAUUGAUAGUCGAGGUCAACAUAAGGUCUUCUGUCUAUUUCAUUGCAGUUAUUUGGCACGCAGGCUUAGCUUAUGUGGCAGUCAAUAGCCUCUGACUAGGUAGCGUAAGGAAUGUAUAUCUCAAUUCCUU